AUGCUUGUACAACUACAAGUAUCUGAAGUCGACCAAAAGACGAGCAAAGGCGGCGGCGGCAGUAUCCGCGCAACGCUGUCAGGAGGCUUCACCGCCCUCGGCAGCGCUAAUCACUUUCAAUAUCUGGAUCGUAGCGGACGCUUCCGAGGUGGUGGUAAGAACGGAGGAGCUAAAAGCCCUGGGGCACCCAAUGGAGCUUCGCCAACAUCUCCCAUAGGCAAUCCUCAAGGCAGUUCUUCUUCGACCAAUUUAGCACCAAGAGUUCCGCCACUUCCAAACUCACCAUCACUCUCUCAGAGUAUGUCAAUGGAGAAUUCAAGCGCGGGUGGUCAGGCCAACAGCAAUGAUCCUCUCGCUAUCUACAAUCUCCCUCGACCCAAACCCUUAUGGUUGAAUGACACCUACUCUAAACACAUUGUCAAAGGCAACUUUUCGACUUUGUCAGCACGUCCAAAGACUGUAGAGCAAGGGGAAUGGAUUGCCCACCAAGUCGUCGAACACUACCGCAACCUAUGGAACUUCGUUCGUGUGAUACAUGAUAAGGACGAGAAAGACAACACCUCAAUUUGCAAUGCGCAGACGUGUCCUCGUAUGUCUGCUGGAGACAACCACUCCUUUACAUGGUUGAACAGCCGUAGAGAACCAGUCGAGGUUCCGGCAUAUGAGUAUAUUUCUCUCAUGCAGCGAUGGAUCUCUGGUAAAAUCGAUAGUACCACACUGUUCCCGACCGACCCAGCAGGUGUCUCGUUCUCCCAAAAUCCUAGUGGACCUGCUAUCGCCAGUGCUACAUACGCUUCUGGAGGCCUUGACACCCCUGGGUCCAACACUCCGAUUCCUGCGGGACCAACCACCCUGAACACUUCUUUGUCCCAAUUAUCUGGCGCCGGUGAUUGGAUUGGCAAAAGCAGUGGAUUUCCACAAGAAUUCGAGGAUGUAUGCCAAACAAUUUUCAGACAAAUGUUCCGCGUCUAUGCUCAUCUCUAUUGGGCGCAUUUCAUCGAGCCUUUCUAUCAUUUAAGCCUCGAAAAGCCUUUGAACAGUUGCUUCAGUCAUUUCAUUUUAACAGCAACGGAGAUUGACAUGCUGAAGCCUCAUGAGCUGGAACCAAUGCAACCGUUAAUCGACCUCUGGGCUGCGAACGGAACACUUCCUAAGGAUUCGAAGGCUUAUGGGUGUGCCAAUCUCCGAGCUGGCGAGCGCUUACUUCAGCUAGCCGGCCCUUGA